GUCAAGGAUGGUGUAAGUUUUCGGAAGUGCAUUAUUUUUAUCGAUAUCAAAAUUGUGACAAAAGUUGGCAUUUUGUGAUUAUGACUGAUGUUCCACUCCGGCUUAACGUGACAUUUUUAAGGAAACAAAUAUAGCCAAAACAGGACAAUGCAGUAAAAACUUUGCAUAAUAAAAAAGAUAGGCUUCCAUAUUAACUGAGACUUGGUCAUCAUAAUCUAUUCUGCAUUUAGACAUGACCAAAUUCACGCUGCGAUGAAUCUGUCCUAGAUCUAGAAACAACGGAUUUUGAACAAUAUGGCACAAGGACCCAUUAAUGAAAAUGAGAGGCCAGUUGAAGCCCUCCAGAAAUGCUUUUCAUUUCUGCGAGAUAACUUACACACAGACAAACUAUUAUUGGAUCACCUGUUUUCCCAAUCAAUACUCUCUGAUGAGGAUAAAGAUGGAUUGAAAGACGGGAAGGAGUACAUGUAUAGUACCAAACUGCUGAAGUCGAUUCUGAGAAGUGGAACUGAAGACUGUAGAAGAUUUAUAGAUGUCUUAAAACAGUCCCAGUUGUGGACACAGUUCAAGGAGCAGCUGACUAAAGAAGCUGAAAGUGGAGAUGUUAAGAUGACCAUGGGCUUUAUCAGGGAUCACCGAAAGAUAUUGUUGCUAGAGAUGGAGCCUUCACUGCUAGCAGACCUUCUGCUUGAAAAGUUUCUCCUUGAUAUAAAAGAACAUGAUGAAGUGGAGGGAAUUUGCAAUAGGAAAAGAAAAUGCCAGGUUUUGUUGUCCUUUCUUGAGAAGCACAAAGAUGAAGUAGAGAAGUUUGGAUAUGAGUUGCAAAGAUCAAAAUGUUUCCCGGCAAUGGUUGAAAUGAAGGACGCUUUUCCAGACAUACCAGAUAAUCCGAUGGAUUGUUUGCGAUGGAACUACAGAUCACUUUGUCGAAGCAUUUGCAAACAGAAUGUAUAUGAUUAUCUGGUGAAAAACAAUGUUCCAAUACUACAGAAAGAUUGUAUACCAACAAAAUGUCGGAUUAUCAAAGCUGCUCUGCAAACGCAAGAGGGAUGUAGGAUUUUAUUGAAUUACAUAGCUAAUGAGGAAAUUCCAUUAUUUUACAAAGUGGCAAAAAGAUACUGGCUUAGAAAGCAACGGGAAAGGAGACACAUUAAAUUUUUUAUUGAACCAGAGCAGCUACAUUGUGAGUUUGAUUUCCUGCUGAGUGAGGUGGAACCGAUUCCACUGAGUGAUAUCUUGUUGGAGGAGAAAAUAUUUUCUGUGAGUGAACAUGAUAAAGUACAGUCAGAACCUUCAAGAAAAAAGCAAGCUGAGUAUAUCCUAUGGCAUUUAAAAAACCACUUUAACCAGCCAAUUCAAGACAACUUAGGAUACUGUUUUGAUGAGUUGGGAUGGGUGGCAGUGAUAGGGAAGCUUAAACGGAAGGAGUCACCCUUGGAGGAUUCAGUAGAGCUGAAAUCUACAGGUCAAGAAGAGGAAGGAUUCAUUAUCUUGAAGCCAGAUGAAGCAGGGAUACAGUGUGCUUAUGAGGGAAACCUUCCAUCCAACUUUGAUUUAACAAUAUCUUUACCUCACAUGGUCGACGAAAGCAAACUGGCUGAAACCAUCAAACUUUUGAACCGUGAUAGUGCAUUACGGAGUCGACUCUCACAACUCAGUCAUAUGGUGAUUGAGAAGGCAGAGAGUUCACUCACCCUCCACUUAUCCACCCUUACUGAUGAGGCUGGGAAGCGCUUUUUGGCGAACCAUGGCAGAUUGAUUGAAGAAGUGGUUAAAACUGUACUGGACAUGGUAGACUGUUCAGAGAAAUUGUACGAAGCAAAGGAACCAUUGAAAUUACAAGUCAAGCUCACCGAGGCAACAUCGAGUUCCAAAAAGAAAGAUGAUACAUCAGAUGUUCAAUGCUUGAUUCAACUGAAAAUACAAGAGAACUGGGAGAUACUGAUUGAGGAAUUAGAGCCCUGUCAAAUGUUGGCAUGCUUCAAAAAGAAAGGCUUAUUGAUGCAGGAUGAUGAACGAUAUGUUCUAGAGUUGAAUGAACGCCAGGCUAGGGUUGAGGCCCUUUUAAGGAUCCUCCUAAAGAAAUCAAAUUCCAGAAUGUUACAAUAUUUUGUUCAGCUGCUGAAACAAAUGGACAAAACUGAAUUAGCUGAAAAAUUUGACAGUGGAGAUGUGAACAUAGUACACCAAGAAGCAGAGAUGGUCAGAAAAUGUCUUCUGCUGCAUUUUCAAGAAGCACUAGAGGAAAUUGACUCCUACACCAUAGAGGAGACUCUGAGAAAAUGUGGGGAGACUGCACCGGAGAACAUCAAGCCCAGAUCUGGGUUCAGUAGGAGAGGAAGAGCUUAUCAAUUUCUCAUGUUUGUAUUUGAGAAUGAUGCUCUUGUUUUAGAGUUGAAGAACGUUCUGGAAGACCGAGGACUGGGUCAUUUUUUCAGCAUCUUCCUUGCUGAUGUAGAAGAAGACACCAAAGACAAAGACAUAAAAGCUGAUGGAAAGGAGUUAAGGGAGCAAAAUUUCUUCAGUUGUAAUUAUAUAUUAACUUUGAAAGACGGUUAUCAGCCUCGACAUGGGCAUAUGGAUAUGGACUUCUUCAUGGAUCGUGAAGAUUUCCUUGAAUAUCCUGAACAUCUGUUGCAUGGAUACGAGAGAGGUACAGAAAGAAUGUUCAGAGACCCACUCCAAGGAGACUUCCUCUUAAAAAGAAAAAUGAUGAUGAUGAUGAUGGGGAUUCCCUCACGAAGAAACAGAAUGCGAUACAGAAAAGCAAAAACUGAUGUACCAGUCACAUUUGAACCAGAGAAAAAAAACUCCUGGCCAGUUGUUGCAGCACUUGACUUUGGGACGACAUAUUCUGGUUUUGCAUUUUCUGAUAAAGACAAUCCGUUAGAUAUUGUGGCAGGAAAAUGGAAUUCUUCUGAUUUACUGGAAUCUCCUAAAAUCCCAACGUCACUUUUACUUGGAGCCAGUGGUGAACUGGUGGCCUUUGGCUAUGAGGCUGAGAAGAGAUUCCGAGAACUGGUGGAAGAAGAUCAGAAUCAAGAUUUCAGGUUUUUUAACCGACUGAAAAUGGAGUUACAUGCAGAUAAAUCACUUGAUGAAACACUAGAGGUGUUUGACCACUUGGGUCGUCCAAAGAAAGCUCUAGAGGUAGUUUCAAUUGCUAUCAAAUACCUCUGUGAUCAGUGCAUGAAGAUGCUAACGGAGAAAGGCGUAAAGAAGGAUGAUGUUCUUUGGGUGGUGACAGUACCAGCUAUAUGGGAUGACUUUGCAAAGCAGUUCAUGAGGAAAGCAGCAGAAAAGGCUGGUAUUCCAAGAUGUCAAUUAAAACUUGCUUUCGAACCUGAGGCAGCAGCCAUUUAUAUCGUCAAAGGAUCCAGAACUGAUCUAACAAGUGAAUCUAUCAACAAGUAUGGCAGCGGCACCCAGAUUCUGCUUGUGGAUCUAGGAGGAGGUACAGCUGAUUUCUCCCUGAUGGGUGUGACAGAAGAUCAGAGACUCAAGGAGCUUCACCAGGCCAGUGGGGGUGCUUGGGGAGGAAACACAAUCAAUGCCAAAGUCUGGAAAAUCCUAGAGGACAUACUCGGCGAAAACGUUAUCAAAGAGUUUAAGAAACAAACAUCCGACUUCAUGGAAAUGGAGAGUAAUAUUGAAUUGAAAAAGAGAGACCUUUCGGCAGAAAAUAAACUGUUAUUGAGAAUGUACCCGUCCCUUUCAGAGAUUUGUAAUGACUUGUCAGGGAAGACAUACAAACAGCUGGUGGCAGAAUCCCAAUAUGCAGAUGUGGUGAAAGUACGCACUGGUAAAAUCAUAUUUGAGACUGAAAUCAUUGAUAAAAUUUUUGAACGAACUUUAACAGAGUCAUUUGCCAUAAUGGAAAAGCUUUUAAAACUUGGAACCAAAGUGGAGGACAUAAUAAUGGUGGGAGGAUUUUCCGAUUCAGAAAUCAUCCAAAAGCAAUUUCAGAAAAAGUUUAGUGACUGUGGAGUGAUUAUUCCAACUGAUCCAGGAUUGGCAGUGCUGAAAGGAGCUGUUAUUUUCGGACAUGAUGACCAUCUCAUCAAGUCGAGACUUUGCCCACACACUUACGGAGUUGAAGUCCUGAAAUACUUUUUGUCAUCUGAUUUGGAAAUUAACAAGAAAGUAAUAAAUGGCACAGCUUACCGUACUGGAACCUUUGAGAAACUUGUUACCAUAGGAGACACAGUGGAAGUGGGGAAAACAGUGGAAAGGGAAUUUUUUGCUUCUAGUAAUACUGCAAAAAGAUUAGAGUUAAAAUUUUAUCGAACUGAUAAACAAUUUGUACAGAGUGUUACUGAAGAAGGAUGUGAGUGUAUCGGUAGGCUGACAGUGAAUUUAUCAGGCCCACCAGAUGGCACUGAUCACUUAGUUCUCAUUUCCUUGCAGUUUGGUGAAACAGAAAUCACAGUGCGUGGGCUGGACAAGACGUCAGGACAGAUUGUAGUUACAGAAAUUGAUUUUCUCGGGAAAAAUUCAUAGUGUGCCUCUUUGUGUCCCAUCAUAUUUGUGUAUUCAUAAUUUUAUAGACAAAUUUUUAAUAAAUACACGUAUCUGUUCGAUACUGGUUAUUAAGUACAUGUACUAGUAUUUGUCUUGUACAAUUAAAAUGUAUGAAUUGAA